CAGCAACAUGUUGUCGCACUUGUUGAAAGAUGCCAGCGUGAUCGUCAGUACCGGCAACGUGCUGAAUGUGAGCGAAUUGCGCAAGAAGGCGGGCCAAAAGCCAACCGAUGAGCUGACGGACUGUCUCCGUUCAACGUUCGGCGAAGCGGAAGUGACCGACCUGCCACCGAACCGUCGGCUGCUCACACGCCGCAACAACGAUCUGCUCGAAAAAGUGAAGGAACAUCCGCGGGCGGACAUAAAAAUCGGGGCAAAGAUUUUCCUCAAUCGGUUUUCCGAACCGGCACUGACCGAAGCGGUUGAGAAGCUGUUCGAAACGCUGAACGUUUCGUACCUGGACAAUCUUAUACUGGCGUACCAUCCGACGGGAACGGCAGGAGCUACCAAUGGUACCAACGGAGCACUGGACGAUGAACCGGAGGAGGCGGAAGUGAAGGAGGGUGUGAUCGAGUGGGCCGUCGGGAGUGACAAUGCGGUGGGAAAUUUGAAGAAACUCUGGGCACUAUUGGAACGGUACGCUGGGGAUGGAAAAAUUGGACAACUCGGUAUUGCCGACCUGGAUGCAGACUCGCUGAAGGAGCUGUACGAAGCGUCCACGGUGCAUCCGUCGAUAGCGCAGAUCAAUCUUGCCGCGUGCUGUGUCGUACCACCUCAGCUGCAGGCGUACUGCAAUCAGAAUGAAAUACAGCUCCUUACGCACAGCGACCCACAGGAACUACUGCCAAGGGUCGUAUUGAAUGAGCUAGAACUGGCCAGCUAUGUUGCAGGAUGGACGUCACGCUAUCAGGUACACAUCAAGUGCCGUGGCGUACUGGCAGCAAAAGGUUUUAUCGUGAGUCUGGAGCGCGUAAACUGAGCGAUUCUGGGCGAUGACACCGAUAUUCCACC